UCUGGGCUGUGAGUAGCACUGUUGAUGUUUUGUAUUGUAGCCUGAUCUACACAGGGAAAGAAAGUUGGAGCGAUGUGAUGUAGCUAGCUUGCUACAUGUUAGGUUAAACUGAUGCAUUUUCUCGAUAGUCUGUUUUAAUAACAUGUUAUUAUAGCGCUUUAAUGUAAGGCAGGUGUGAAGAUGUUGCUGUCACUGGGGAUGCUGUUGAUAUCUGCCACCCAGAUGCACACCAUCCUCACUGUGCAGCUCUUUGCCUUCCUUAACCUGCUGCUUGUCGAGGCAGAUAUUUCAGCAUAUUCACUUGACAAUAAAACAGAAAGCUUUGAUGAUCUGCCUGCACGAUUUGGCUUCAGGCUGCCCAGUGAAGGACUAAAGGGUUUCGUGAUUGGUGCCCGGCCUGAAAAUGCAUGUGAACCAAUUGACCCUCCACCCCUGAGAGACAACAAGACAAACACGUUCAUCGCACUGAUCAAACGCUUUGACUGCAACUUCGACAUCAAGGUCCUUAAUGCCCAAAAGGCAGGCUUUAAGGCAGCCAUUGUUCACAAUGUGGAUUCUGAUGACUUGAUCAGCAUGGGAUCCAAUGACUUGGAUGUUGUGAAACAGAUAGACAUACCAUCUGUAUUCAUUGGAGAGGAUGCUGCCAACUCUCUUAAAGAAGAUUAUAUCUAUGAGAAGGGGGGUCAUGUGAUCGUCAUGCCAGACUUCAGCCUGCCCCUAGAGUACUACUUGAUCCCAUUUCUCAUAAUUGUUGGAAUCUGCCUCAUUCUCAUUGUAGUGUUUAUGAUCACAAAGUUUGUGCAGGACAGACACAGGGCUAGAAGAAGUCGUUUGCAUAAAGACCAGCUAAAGAAGCUUCCAAUCCACAAGUACAAGAAAGGUGAUGAUUAUGAUGUGUGUGCCAUAUGUUUAGAUGAGUAUGAAGAAGGAGACCGACUGCGGGUUCUUCCAUGCUCACAUGCCUAUCACUGCAAGUGUGUGGACCCCUGGCUGACCAAGACCAAGAAGACAUGUCCAGUGUGUAAGCAAAAAGUGGUGCCAUCUGAAGAUUCAGACUCAGAUUCUGUCUCAGGAGACAGUGGAUCAGAAGAUACAGAAGAAGUAUCUGAGAGCACCCCCCUACUUCGCUCACUGGCCUCUACAAGUGCUCACUCCUUUGGCACCGUGUCCACCUCACUGUACCAGCAGGACCAGGGCUCCCCCAAUUAUGAUGAUCAUAGCAACAUGGACACAAGUGACAGCGAGGAGGAGGUCACCGUGGAAACAGUGGUGGUGCAGCUCCAGCAAGAAAGACCUGCCGAUGUAGCCUAUGUGUGAUCAGAGAGCAAGAAUGCCAUUCACAGUGCUUUGACUCUGAGGGAUUGCCAAUGUAACUGGAGUAAUAUUUCAUUACUACUUAAUUAGUCUCUUCCAUCAUGCUCCCAAGUAUAAAGAGAACCACUGCAAUUUUUUGACUGUCAAAUUAAUGGAAAGUUUUGUUUUAUAAAUGGGUAAUCAGAAGUGUCAGGGGUUGGAUUACUGCAGGAAAAGUACAGCCUUCAGUAAAUACAAUGAUUAUUAAACAGUUGACUAUGAAGAGAACAUGUAUCCAGAGAAAGUAAUUUCUCAAAAGAAUUGGCUGUAAUAUGUGCAUACUGCUUUGAUUGAUUUAUAUGAAUCACUGACAUGAGUAUGAUUUUAAAAUGUAGUCUUUCAAUAAAAGGUGGGGAGGGCACAAGGUUUAACAGAGUACCAUAAAGCUGAAUAUUGUGAGUGCAGUUCAAUUUGUUUUAAAGCACUGUUGCUGCACUAAUUUUAACUAGCAGAGGCAGGUAAGCGUUUAAAGUUUCUAAUGGUACAGUGUGCUGUAUGGAGAACCCGACUCAAUGGUAUGAUUUAAUGAUCAUAUUAAUCUUAUUUUUCCCUUAACAGUUAUUACCAUUGGAGUUUUGUAAUUCUUUUGCCAAACUGUCUACAAACAUCAGGGGUGAUGGAAUGUAAUUUGAUUUUGAUCUAAGGCUGUGAUGCUGGGCACAAGGAAAAAUAAGCCAAACAAUUAUUUCUUUGUUCGAAAAGGGGGGGGGGGGGGGUGUAUGUUGAAUGUUGUAAUCAGAGAUAUAUUUCCAUGAAGAGAAGAUGGAGGGAGAGAUGAUGGUUAAAGAAUUAGUUGAAUCUGUUUGCUUUUGUCAUGUCCAUUGUGUGAAGUAGUACAGUUUCAUUUAAUCUAAAAUAAAAUGCUUUUGUUGGAAGAUAUCUUCUCGACCAGCUUCCACCUUAGAUUUUUUUGGCCAAAAAUAACCAUUCAUUUUUUAAAACCCAUUCAUAACAAAUGUAUAUGAAAAUUUUUACUGUUCAAAAAAGGAAAGCUAUACAAGUUUGUGGUUGAAAAAUUUAUUUGAUCAUUCUGUUAACAAGGUGACAGUCACUUAAUGACACUUGAUUUGUGGAUAUGAAAUCAUUUUUGUUUCCAGGUAAAAGUGUGGAGGGAAAGAAUUAACUAAAAUGAGUGGCAAGUGCUAAAUCUGCAAAUACUGAUACUGAAUUGACGCCAAACCAUUUCACAAGGAAGUGCAAAUAAAAUUGCUUCAUUUCUGAGCAGUUAAAA